AUGUCUCGCUGGGGCGAUGAAAAAACGUUGAAAUUUGUAAUUUUAUAUCGGAACAACGAGUGCCUAUGGAAUCCGCAUAUACCACAGUACAAAAACAAUAUUGCAAGAAAUAAUGCAUAUCAAGAUUUAUUAACCAACAUGGACGAUCCUACUUUGACUGUGAAAAUUAUAAAAUCAAAAAUCAAGAACUUGAGGUCCGUUUACCACAGCGAAUUAAAAAAAAUUGAGAAUUCCAAGCGAUCCGGUUCUGGUGCCGCUACUGUGUACAACCCAUCUAUGUCCUGGUUUCACGAAAUGCAUUCUUUCCUUGGAGACACUGGCGAUUACAGGGACCCUAUUUCUAUGGAAUUGGCAAUAAUAGAAGGGAAAAAAUAA